AUGGCGGCGCCCAGCGCAGUUGCUGCUGCUGCCUCCAGCGAGAGAGAUGGAGGGGGCAGCGGCUUUGAAUCGUGGCUAGAUGGACGGUUGGAGGCGCUGGGAGUGGACCGAGCCGUUUAUGGCGCCUACAUCUUGGGUGUCCUGCAGGAGGAGGAGGAAGAAGAGAAGCUGGAUGCUCUGCAGGGUAUUCUCUCUGCUUUCCUGGAAGAAGAUUCCCUCCUUAAUAUCUGCAAGGAGAUUGUGGAACGAUGGUCAGAAACUCAGAAUGUUGUCACCAAAGUGAAAAAAGAAGAUGAGGUCCAGGCCAUUGCCACCCUCAUUGAGAAGCAGGCGCAGAUCGUGGUGAAGCCCAGAAUGGUGUCAGAAGAGGAGAAGCAGAGGAAAGCUGCCCUUCUGGCCCAGUAUGCUGAUGUGACAGAUGAAGAGGAAUAUCCUUUCUGGACGGAUGAGAAGGAUGACUCGGGCGCCACCACGAUGAGCAUUGGUUCUGACAAAUCUCUGUUCCGAAACACCAAUGUGGAAGAUGUCCUCAAUGCCCGAAAACUGGAGCGAGACACGCUUCGGGAUGAGUCCCAGAGGAAGAAGGAACAGGACAAGCUGCAGAGGGAGAGAGACAAACUAGCCAAGCAGGAACGCAAGGAAAAGGAAAAGAAAAGGACACAAAGAGGGGAGCGAAAGCGAUAA